AUGCAUGUUUUUGACAACAAAACAACCAAAGCAUUAGGAAUUGGUCACAUGGCUAAAAUGAAGAUAAUGAUUGACCAUUCAAUACUCUUGCAGAAACAAGUUAUUUUAAGUGGGAACAAGAUGAUUGCCGUUGAGAACCAGGCAGUUGUGUCAGAGAAUGCAACACCAAAAGAUGCAUUAGAUGAAUUUGUUGUGCCAGAAUCCAAUGCCUUUGGCCAAUCAUUUAGGGAUUAUGAAGGAAGUGUGAGGCAAAGCAUUGUGGAGAAUUGCUAUCGGUUGCAUCAUAUUAACCAAACAUAUGAUUUUGUAAAGAGGACAAGGGAAGAGUAUGCGAAAUUGAACAAAGCAGAGAUGUCCAUAUGGGAAGCCAUUGAACUCCUUGACAAUUUUGUGGAUGAAACUGACCCUGACCUGGAAGAACCUCAGAUUCAGCAUAUGCUGCAGACAGCUGAAGCUAUAAGAAAAGACUAUCCUAGUGAAGAUUGGUUGCACUUGACUGCCCUUAUUCAUGAUCUUGGAAAGGUUCUUUUCCAUUCUAAAUUUGGAUCGCUUCCCCAGUGGGCUGUUAAUGGAGAUACGCUAAUUGUUGGUUGUGCUUAUGAUGAAUCAAUUGUUUAUCACAAGUAUCUCAAGGAAAAUCCAGAUUACAACAAUCCUACCUACAACACUAAACUUGGAGUCUACUCUGAAGGAUGUGGACUUGAAAAUGUGCUGUUGUCAUGGGGGCAUGACGAUUACAUGUACUUGGUGCUCAAGGCAAGUGGAACUACUCUACCUCCAGCUGCAUUAUUUAUUAUCCGAUAUCACUCAUUAUACUCAAUGCAUUCGAAAGGAGCAUAUCAAUACCUAAUGAAUGACGAGGACAAAGAGAAUCUGAAGUGGUCUCAAACAUUCAGCAAAUAUGAUCUCUACAGUAAGAGCAAAGUUCAUAUUGAUGUUGAAAAAGUUAAACCAUACUAUGAAUCCCUCAUAAAAAAGUACUUCCCAGAAAAGAUCAGAUGGUAA